GUUGGAUGACCUUCAAUCAUUCAAACCCUUACGGAAUAAGGAUGAAUGUGUUAAGGCAAUAUGCCUAGCCCUAAAAAUUGGGAUAGUUUUAAAAUUUUCACACAUUUAUGCAUGUUUAGUUAUAUAAAGUCACUUAUAAAUGUCACUAGCAUAUGGAUAUGGCAUGCGUUCCUCUGUUCAAUAAACAGCAGUGUUAUAACUUUGAUGUUUUAGUAAAGCUGCACAGUUUGACAGCUGUUCCUUACGUUAACUCCGUCACUUUCGCAAAGCUUCGGCUUUUGAACAGCCGAAGCUCUGCUCAAUACUCUCCCAGAACUGAAAUCCGAAAUAAUAUUGUGACUUGGAACAGUGAACACCGUUUCCAUUGCAAAUUCAAAAGCAAUGCUGAGACAACUAUAUUAGAUCCAAACAUUCUUAAAGUGUCUAUCCGCAUGGAAACAAAAGGUGGAAAAUCAUUUCACAAAGUUGGUUUUGUCAGUAUCAACUUACCAUGUUUCGCUGCUGUUGGAAAUGUAAUUAACCAUCGUAGAUAUAUUUUAGAAGGUUAUGAUGAGAAACGUAAACGUCAGGACAAUUCUCUUUUAUCAAUUUCAUUCUGUCUGCGACAAUUGACUGGAGAUAAUUGUUUUCGAACACCAAAAGAGGAUUUAAGUAACUGUUUAAUCGAACCACCUGAUUUUAUUGAAUUACCAGAAACUGAUUCUGAAACUAGAGAAUAUUCUGUAACAGACUGUUCACUUAUGAGUAGUGCACACAAUACAACAACUACUAAUGUUAAUAACACUUCAGCUACGAAUCAAAAUUCGAAUGAUUUAAAUAUUUUAAAACCUGUAGAUAAUUCUAUAAGUAAAUUAACCAACAAUCCGUUAGAUAUACUACAUUCAUUAAAUUUGGAUACAGUACCGUCCUCUUGUAUAUUAUCUACACCAGCUUCCUCCUCCUCAUUAUCAACAGAAACAGUAUCAUCAACUUCACCUCCAGCGCCAUUAUCAUCAAUUGCUGAUAUAUCGUCGAAAAAAGUUAACUAUUCUACCUCAUUUAGUCAUUUUAAAAUGCCUUCGUGGGAUAAUCCAUCUGUAUAUCCUGUUGGGUCAAGUAGCUGUGUUUCAAAGUCAUCAAUUUGUCAAAAUGAGUUGAUUUCUUCACAAACAAAUAUAAACCAAUCAUCAAAUGCUUUUACACAGGCAGAUCAAUCACAGUCAUCUUAUUGUGACAGGCUAUCAAAUUCAAGCUCUGUGACACCUAUUUCAAAUUCCACAUCAUCCACUCCACGUUCAAUUUCGAAAGGGAGCUUAUUGCUUCGGUCCCCUCUUACUCUCCCAUUAGAUAAAUCAAUCCCAUCAAUACGUGCAAACACACAACAACAGAAUUUGAUGAUAGAUACAUCUGCUGUUGUUGAGUUAGACAAACGAUUGUCUAGUGUUACACAUGAUAAACCUCGAUCUGGUCAGAAUGUUACAUUCAAUAUACUCAAUCCAGAUAAUGUCACUUGUUAUUCUUUACCGAAUCGGCAUCAUUUACCUAAUCUAUGUAUGACCACUGAUACUCCCUCAGAUGAAAACAGACAAAACGUUAAUAUUAUUGAAACUGAUCCUAGUAUUAAGUAUUGUAAUUAUGGUAAAAAGUCAUAUGAUUAUUUUGCUACAGACAGUGUUCUUUUAGUACGAUCAUCUAGACGACGUAGAAUUAGACCUGAUUUACAAGUGUUACCGUCAAUGAAUACUGAUUUAAAAAAUACCGAUCCUUCCUCUCCUGAUUUCACUUCAGUUACUGCUCAUCCGUCUACUUCUAAAUCGAAUCCAUCAGAUUGUUUGAGGCCUGAAAAUGACUCCUCACUGUCGUCCAUUUCUUCAUCUACAGCUACUGCGUCUACUGCAACAGUCGGUGUAUCACAAAUAAUGUCUAAGAGUGGUAUACCAAUGGAUUAUUAUUACUCAUCAGGCUAUCAAUCACACUCGAGACAGUCAAGUCUUGAAUCACAACCUGUUGGUUCUAGUCCACCAUUAUUAUCAGCGGAAGUAUUCACACAGACUCAGUAAUUGUUGAUAUUAUGUAAUCCAGAAAAUGUUUUUUUUUCUCAAAGUGCCUAGACAACUCUAUUUACAAUCAAAAUGCAAUAAUUCAUUUUGUUGGAAUAAAAGAGGCUCUGUGAUGAUUGGUUCUUUUCCUCCCUUUUUUCACAUAUCUAUAUUCUUCACAUACAUAUGACAUGCAUCAAGCGACGUGUCUAAUGUAUCUACUUCAAUGUACAGCAUCCUUCUUCAUCAUCGUCAUCAUCAUCACACCAACUACAUACAGAGUAUAAUCAAUAAAUGAAUAGAAUCAAAUCAUUUUUAUCAUGUCGUCUGGAUACAAACCUACACAAAGAAAAAUAAUGUAUUAUGAUAACAUGUUGUUUUUUCUUAAACUUUAAUUAUUAAUUGAACAAUAGUAAGUUUUCUCUUCUCUCUUCUAUAAUUUAUCAUUAGAAAUAUAUUUAGUUGUAUAACAAUCAAUUUGACAUAAACAAUCAAAUAGAAGUUAAUAAAAAUGGAUUUCUGUUUCCUAUUUAUUAUCGUAGUAUGUUUUUAAAACUUCAUCCUAGUGAUUAUCAAAUUAUUGCGUUAGUCCUUUUCUCUUUAAUAUAUAUACUUGUGAAGUGUUUAUAUAAUGUAAAUAAUCCAAUAAGAUUAGUAACACAUUGAAGUCUUCUCCUUUUUCUGUGUUGUUGUUGUUGUUGUUGUUGAAGUUUUGUUGCCUGUUAAUUUGUUUCUGGUUUUUGCAAAAUAUAAUCCUUCUAAUAAUCUGGUUAUUAUUUUAUCUCUUGCUAUCAAUCAUUUGAAUUAUGUUCACUAUGUUCAAACUGUCAUUUAUUGUAUUCAAUCACACAUUAUUUGUUGUCUUUCGGGGAGAUUAUUAUUAUCAUCAUUAUUCCGUCCUGUUUAGCAUUGUUGCUAAUGAUUUUUAUUUAUUUAGAAAAAAAAACAUAUUAGACUUUGAACACGAGUUUUUUUUCCUCUAAAUCAGAUGUUGUAUACUUCAUUUUUAUUCUAUUUUUCCUUCGGAUAUAUGGAUUCGCCGAUUAUAUUUGUCACCACUUUUUCCUGAAUUUUCUUCUAACGUGUUUCCUAAUUGUGUUUUUCUGUAAGUUUUAUAAAGAUGCUGGUCAUCUGUUUGUUUGCUGACAAUACUGUAGUAUUGUCAUUUUUGGGUAUACUCCUGUUUUUCCCUUAUUAUUAUCAACUCCAAUCGCGCCUGUAUGCACUUCUAUGCUUUUUACGAACUCAUUAUCGUUUUAAUACCGAUGAUAUUACUUCUCUAUCUAUCUUUUCUUUUCCUCUACAUAUAUAUCAUAAAUAAUGUUUAGCAAAUGUUGAUAAAUUUGGGUUUUAUUGGUCCAUAUUAUUCUUGUCCUUUUCUGUCUAUGUAUGUAACCAUUCAAACAUACUUGACGAAGUGUGUGUAACACCAUGGUUUUAUAAUUUAUCGAUUGAUUACGACCACUAAACUAAAUCCACUGCUACCUCCGUUUUACUAACGGUUUUCAGAUUCAAAUCAAGCAGUUUGUGUUUGUAUGUGAAGGUAUAUGUAUACGUAGUGUAUUAUGUAACACGUAGAAUUGGUAAUAAUAGUAUUCUGCAAUCAAUUAUUAUAAUUACCGUGUGUCUAUUUGAGUUAUAAGACAUAAGUUAUUCAUCUUGAGGUCUAUGCUUUGUCUAGAAUUGGUUAUGAACCGACAUUACAAUUUAUUCCAUAGAGUUCAUGUUUUAUAAUUCUUGAACAAGGUUUCCAUUCAUAUAUAUAAUCGAUAAUCGAUAGAAUAAAAAUUACAUAAUACUUUGGAAAGAAUUUUUAUUGUCUACCUUUUCACAAUGUAAUUAGUUGAAUACAAGUCUAAAUAUUGUAAUGAAUAAAAAGAUAAUAAGUCAUAUCUAUUUUGAAUAGAAUAAAUACCUUAAUGUAUGUUUCUGAACAGCAUACAUCUAUUAAAAAGAAGAGAAAAUAAUAAAUCAGAAAGUUUUCAUAGUUUAUAUCAUGAAUUGGUCUUAACUAGUUAAAUUACCACUUAAAAUUUAGGAGGUUAAGAUCAGGAUAUGAUUUAAACUAUGGAAAUUCCAUAGUCUCUAAAACACAUAUAUAUAAUUUGUCAAAAACGAUUGUGACGAAUGAAUCUAUAAUUAUCAGUAUAGGGUUGUGAAGAUUGCUCAGUUCCAAUAGUGAUUUAUUCAUGAUAUAAAUCUAAUCUAAAAUUAUUACAGGUUAAAACAUAGUACAGUGUGAAUUUAUCUAUGUCAUCACCGCUAUCGAAGAUUAAUAUCUUGGAGUCCUCAAACAUACCUAUUACAGUUCUUAAAGUUAUUAAAAUUAACGAAAACAAUUUAGUUUGAUACCAUGUAUUGUUCUGAUCACUAUUAACCAUUAUCAUUAGAAGUAAGCAGUAACUGGAUAUAAAUGGUAGGUACAUUCCCAUACUCAAUAUAAGUUUAAAAACUCAGUAAUCUUUCCCUUGGUGAAUGGUAUUCUAUUCAUCUUAUUACUUGAAUACUAUUAUGAAAUGUUUAAAAUCCUUCAAGAUUUUUCAUGUAUUUAUUAUUUAAAAGUGACAUUUAUGUAAUGUUUUAUUAUAUACAGCUGAAAUAUAUAUGCAUAUAUUAUAUCAGAAGGGUUUGUGGAGAUUUUAGAAAUUCCAUAGAUUGAAAUUAUGAGUCAAUUAAAGCUAGACCACCAUGGAAAACCGGGAAGCACUGGACGGCUGUAUCGUCGUAGUAUGGGACUCAGUGGAGUUCAACCAGGUCUGUUGUGAGAUAUCAGCUCACUAAAAACAAUGGUAUACGAUGGCGCAACUUCGUGGAUUGGUUGAAGUUGGACAUUACCACCACUGGGUACCGGCUCAGUGGUUUAGUUGGUUAAGCGCUUGGCGCUAGACUGAUAGGUCCUGCGUUCGAAUCUGGUGAGGUGCGGAAUCGUGGAUGCGCACUGUUGAGGAGUCCCACAAUAGGGAGAAACAGC